CUCUUGCUCUUGCUCUCUAUUUCUGUUUUAAGAAAUGGGUAGUAUGACGUUGCUUAUUCGUUAUUCGUUGCUCCUCGCAAAACAAGAGGAAAAGAAAGAGACGGCCUGUUUUAUACUAACAGACUUAGUGUUUUUACAUGGAACCACGACACCCUUCAACCUUGACUUCUGCCACCAUAAAACAUGCUACAAAAAUCAACUGUGCUAUUAUAGCUCACGAGUCGUGCAGCAUCUAUUUUAAAUCGGCAUCUUUUUAUCGUAAUAUACAUUAUUGCAAACGUUUGAUUUAUUGUACAAUUUCUAGAACAAUCAUUUGUGUUUUCUUAAAAAAAAACUUUCGGUUAUGGGAAAAUCUUCGGUUUCCGACUCCUACAUAGUUGCGCCGAUUCACCAUCAUGAAAAAUUACUGGACCAGUGCAUACAGUUGAUAAAUUCAGAAUGGCCUCGUUCAUACACUGCACGCCUUUGGAGUUUAAAAUCAUCCAAAGAUACAUUACCAACCAGUAUGAUAUUGAUCGAUAACAUUAAUAACAAAGAAUCGACAGUUCUUGCGCACGCUAAGUUGUCUUCGAUUCCCUCCGACGUGGAAGCCGCCUUCAUCGAAACAGUCGUCGUAGACCGACGAUAUCGGGGAAAAGGUCUCGGGAAGUUUCUAAUGAUCGAAGUGGAAAAUCAUUGCUUUGAAACCCUUAAUCUUAAAACUAUAUAUUUGUCAACUAUUGACCAAGAGGGAUUUUAUUUAAAACUAGGAUUUAAUUUCUGCAAGGCGAUGAACAUGUUUGGAACUCGAAGUGGUGUGAACACUUCCACAAAGAAAAUAUGGAUGAAAAAAAAAUACAGCGAAUGGAAACGUCCUGAGGUUCAUUCUUCUGACAAUAAUCAAACGAAUUGAUAUAGAUGAUAAUAAUAAACCGGUGAGUAGGAUUGUCCGGCCUUAGUAGCAGGCAUCCAAGAAUAUCACAUGUGGACUUCAAUGGAUUAUGUUACUUAACUAAUUCAUAAAAUUUCCCACUCACCUCUUAAAUACCUGAAUGUCAUACAUUUUAAUAUAAAUAAAACUCGCACUAAUUCACAGGUACAUUUUAGUCCUAACUUGCUAUUGAAACAUGUUGCAAAGCUUAUAUAUCUUUGAAGUAAAUUGUUUUGUUUCUACACAACUUGAUUUUUUAUUGGAUUUUUUUCCACAGUAGGUAUAAAUAAAAACCCAGAUCGAUCCAUAUAUCGAGGAUUAAUUCAUUUUGUGUGACAGCUAGUAGGUGCUCUCUAUUACCGAUCUGUACGAGAACUGAUGUUUGGAAUAGGAUGGCGGUCAUAAAUUAUUAUUAUGAAUUAAACUGCUUUAAUUAAGUUUUGAUUUGGAAAAAUGUUCCCCGAAUUUUGGGUUUUUUCACGUUUAUGCCUGUUCUGCGAGUCGUGUGACUCUGGUCAGAGAUGGUGUUUAAAAAAAAACGCGCGGAGAGAAUAAAAGUAAAUCUAGUUGUCCAAAUAAGUUAUUUUGUGUGCAAAGCUUGGUAACCCGCAAUUUUGUGUUAACUUCAAGUGACUUUUAAUUUAAGCGACUGUCGUCUUCUUCAGCGGGUGAAACGAAUACUUUUGUAGUCAUUAUUUGAAAAAUUCUAUUGUAAAGCACGGCAUCCUUCUGUAAAAAAAAACACGAAUAAAAUGUGACAAAUUGUUAGUUUCUGGUUUCCCAAAGAUAGCGUCGUCAGGGAAAAGUGGUUUCAAUUCUGUCGGUUUCCUCCCGAUCAAAGCGUAACGGAAAACUCUCGAUUAUGUAGUGUAAGCAAUCUACCAUAUAGAUAAAUGAAUUUUCGUUUAGAUGAAAGCCGAUUUGAAACUGAUUUAUUAUAUUUCAGCUACAUUUCAAUUGUAAUUACCAUUUAGAUUUAUGCAUGUCAUCGGAUAGCGGAAAACUAUUAGCAGCUCCGGGUGCAGUUCAUUUUUUUUAGUUGUUGCAAUAAUAAUAAUAAUAAAUUUAUGAUGAUGUAAAAGAUUAUAAUAGA